UGACAAUUUAUUGGAUUUAAAUCAUACCAUUUCAUUGUAAUUUGUAUUUUUUAUUUACUAUUGAUUCUAAAAUCGCAUUGGUUUAAAGACAAAACCUUAAAUUCUUAAAUUGUAAUGCUAACUUUAAGUGAUAUCUAAAAUGUUUUCCUUAAAAAAUCAGUUAGAAUUGAGAAAAGUAACAAUAUCCAGUUUAUUGACAUGCAUUUACUUACCAAGUAUAGUCACCGUUGUAUCAUUUAAGGGAUUACUAUAUUCAGUUGGAAACGGCUCAUCUUUCUAUAUUUUAGUGCUAAUAUUCCUGGCCGAAUUGUUGAAGUCAUUUUAUUUAAACGCUUCAAACGAUAUACAAGCAAAACGAAGCAAAGGAAACAGGAUUAAAGUUAGUGACAUUUUGAGAUCGUUUAUAUUCUUGCUAGUGACUUUAUUCAGUUUCUUUAUUGGUAUAAUGCUCUUCGGAGCGCCAAUACUCGAUUGUCAUGAAGAGACGUUAAUGUUAUCGAGUUUAAUGACGUUGCUGACAGUAUUCCCGCUGAUAGCUCACUCCGGCGUGGAAGCGUCAAUGCAACAGCUUUUCGGGAUGAAGAAUUACGGAAGAGACAGUAUUACAGAGAUGCUAGUCAAUAAUUCCAUUAUGACGGUGUGCGGGGCGUGGAUAGGCGCGGUGGUGAUACCUCUGGACUGGAACACACCAUGGCAACAGUGGCCCAUUCCAUGUUACCUGGGCGCCAUCAGUGGAUAUUUACUCUCAAAUGUACUUACAGUGUUUAAAGUAAUACUAAUGUCUGCAGCACAGAAAUAUCCAGUAAUCAAUUUUAUAGUAAAUUUUUUAAAUACUCGUCACCAUGUUAAGUAAUUAUUAUAAUAAAGUAUUUAUUUUAGAAA